AUCUAUUGACAGCAAUCAUGAUCUACACACACAUUGCAUUAGGUAUGACCGUCAGUAUGUAUGCGCCGGCAAUGGUCGACAUGAARCACAUACUCCAUACAUCCAUACGAUAUGUAUCGUUGUAUACGACACUACUAUCGGCCGGUUAUAUGAUUGGCACCAUAUUUGGCUAUCUAUACGACUAUAUCAAUCGUCAGCUAACAGCUGUCGUAUUCCUGGCCAUAAUGAGCAUCGGCUCAGCCCUGACACCCUAUUCACCUGAUCUAUGGGCACUCUAUUUGUGCGCCUUUUUCAUCGGUAUGGGCAGCAGUGUCUGGAACAGUAUGGCUAACGUAUGGAUGUGCGAAAUGUGGGCCAACCGUAGCCCACCGUUUCUACAGCUGUUGCACUGCGGUUUCGGUUUGGGUACUAUAGUUGCACCGUUGAUACUGAAAAGUCAUCUGAUUGGGGAACAGUAUGCUGUUGUUGUUAGUGAUGCAGAUGGUGAUGAUCACCAGCAACAGCUACCGGUACCGCUUAUAGAGACAAAUACUAGCGGUAUGGUUAUGAAUAUUACAGCUACCGGUGCCUAUGUUUGGCUAAAUAACGACAGUGUUGUUGGUGAUGAUGGUAUGUUGGAUGAGGACAGUAUAGAYAGACGUACCGGCCUAUUGGCACCGUUUCUUAUCAAUGGUUUCGUUCAACUAAUAGCUCCGGUAUCAUUUUUGGCCAUGUAUUUUAUCAAACGCUAUCAAAUGCCCCGAUAUAACCACAAGCCAACCGCCACCACCAAACWGGCCGAUAGAGCCGUUGGYGAGGAGGACAGCAUUGCCGUCGGYAACACCGUUACGGCCGACGACGACUGUAAACUGUUUGAUAGGCCAGACUUUCCGUGCCGUCGUCGGGCAAUCAUAUUGUUUUGUCUGUGGCUAUCGGCCUAUUGUGUUAGCGAAUCAACGCUGACAUCAUUCGGUGCAACCUAUUUCCAGUACUGUCCUCAUCGGCUAACUGCCCAGCAAUCAGCCGCUAUGGUAUCGGCAAUAGCCAUAUCGUUUACCGUAGGCCGGGCAAUCAGCGUUGUGGCUGCCAUGAAAUUUUCACCUCAACAUAUGAUUGCCUACCAUUUCGGACUGCURGCCUCAGCCRUAAUCUGCCUGUAUGUUGGCCAAUAUAAUCUCCCGGUGCUCUGGCUAGCCUGUAUACUAGCUGGCCUAGGCUUGUCGGCAAUGUGUCCGGCAAUGUUUGCCUAUCUGGAACAGUACGUACAGCUAACUAACCCUAUWGGUGCGUUUGCUAUAUUCAGCUCCGACCUAAUAAAUCUGGUCAAUCCGUAUUUGUUGGGCAUAUUUAUUGAACAACAUUCGCAGAUAGUGGUAAUCGUUGAGGCCGUGUAUGUCUGUCUAUGUUUCCUAUUGUUUCUGUCGAUGAUAUAUCUGGUUAACCGAUAUAAUAGAUUAUAUACUACUACUACUACUAMUAMUAAUAAUAAUAAUAAURAUUGCUUAAUUGAUCAGGUACAAUUGAACAUGCAUAAAUCAAAUAGCUAA